GAGUAUGAUUCCACGACCAAGCAAAUUCUAAAGCACACUUGCCAUUGUAGUUUUGCUUAUAACAACCGGGCGAGUUCCGGAUAGUUAUUGGGAUAAACUGCUAUGCUUGGCUUCAAAGAUUGCACUAUUUUUAUCUGCUAUCAAAUACGCAAGGCAUCUGGGCAGUCAUGACCGGAAAAGAAAAACACGGCACGACCGUGUACAACAAAUUGAUCACUGUUGCUGUGGCAUUUGGAUCACUGACAUACGGCUAUUCCUCAUCCAUCAUUGGGAGUACUAUCGGGCAACCCGGAUGGUACUCAUUCUUCAACUUGCCCGAGGCCGGUGAGCCUGGAUAUGCAACUACCACGACCGAGGCCAUUGCAACAGCGAAUGGUCUAUAUAGUGCAGGGGGUGCCGUCGGUAGUCUAUUCAUAGCAUGGUCAGCUACUUCGCUAGGUCGAAAGAGGAAUAUACAGCUAGGAGCAUUGCUUGCUCUCCUUGGAGGUGCGCUACAAGGCGGAGCAGCAAAUCUGAGCAUGUUUCAAGCCGGUCGUUUCAUUGCUGGACUGGGAAUAGGCAUCUUAGUCACGGUUUGUCCUAUGUAUCUGUCCGAAUUGGCCCCGCCGACAAAUAGAGGUUGGCUCGUUGGCCAUCAUGCAAUAUUCCUCGUCUUUGGUUACGUCCUAGCCUCCUGGUUGGGUUACGCCUGUUACUUCGCGACUGACAAAAACCCUUCGUUUGCAUGGAGAUUCCCACUCUGUAUGCAAUGCUUCGGACCUCUUGUCUUACUGGCCACUUCAAUUUUCAUUCCACGAUCUCCUCGAUGGUUACUACAAAAGGGGAAGACUGAAGAAGCGUGGAAAGUAUUGCUGAGACUACGAAAGUCGCCAUCAGAUGGGGACGAUCUCGUGGCUCGCGAAGAAUUAUUUCAGACUAAGCAACAACUUGCCUUGGAUCAGUCGAAACUUGAAAGUCUCGGAUAUGGACCGUGGAUGGCUGUCAUCAAGAAGAAGAGCUACCGCAAGAGAAUGAUUAUUGGGUUUUUGACUCAAUGGGGGGCAGAAUUUGCUGGUCCACUGGUUAUUAAUAACUACUCGGUCAUUCUAUACACGAACCUGGGACAAACCGGCUCGAUGCCCCUUUUACUUUCAGCACUGUGGCUCACCACAGCAGGGCUGAUAUAUAACCCACUCGGCGCCUGGCUUCACGAUCGUGUCAACUCUCGACGAUGGAUGUUCAUUGUAGGCUUGAUAGGAUGCCUGGUGACAACCUCCGGUCUGGCUGGAUGUGUUGCUCAAUACGCCGGCACAAUGAACAAAGCCGGGAAUGCAGCGGGCGUAUUUUUCAUUUUCCUAUAUCUCGCAUUCCAAGGAACCUGCUGCGACACAACAAUGUACCUCUAUGUCUCCGAAAUCUUCCCCACAGAAAUCAGACCCAUAGGAAUGGGCUUCUCUCUCUUUGGCCAAUUCGCCGCUACCCUCAUCCUCCUGCAGACAGCUCCAAUCGGAAUCCAAAAUGCCGGCUGGAAAUAUUAUCUCGUCAUAAUCUGCUGGUGUAUUUUCUUCAUUCCGGUUGUCUAUUUCUUCUGGCCGGAGACCGCACGGUUGUCGUUGGAAGAGAUUAGUGCUAAAUUUGGGGAUGAUGUUGCUGUGCAUUUUAAUGAUAUCCCGGAAGAGCAGAGGAAAGGGUUAGAUGAGUUUUUGAAGGGGCAGGAUAUUUUGCAGUUGGAGGAUACUGCUACUGCGGGUGAACUAAAGGCUAGCAUGGCUUGAAUCUGCGAACUGAGUGAUCAAUAGCUGGACCUGUGAAGUUCUUUUGAAGGAGUAUCUAUUUUCAUGGCUAGUGGCCACGCCGCUUCGAUAUGGGCUUUUCAGUAGAGAUC